AUGCAUCGCCUAUUCAGCAUCAAACACAACAAGGAAAAAAUAAUCAAUGAAUGCAGCAGCAAAGGAAUCACUUGGCGGUUCAUUCCACCUCGAGCUCCAAAUUUCGGCGGCCUCUGGGAAGCAGCUGUUAAGAUAGCAAAGUUCUCUCUGGUAAAAACAAUCGGCAGCCGAAAACUAUCAUACGAGGACAUGGUCACUGUUCUCUACCAGAUCGAGGAAAACAUGAACACUCGCCCACUAACGCCACUAUCCGAUGACCCGACCGAAUUAGACGCACUAACACCCGGCCAUUUCCUGACUGGCGGGCCACUUUUAACCCUUCCGGACCCUCAGUACACCGAAAUACCAACAAACCGAUUGCGGCACUAUCAGCAGUUGCAACAACUGAUUCAACAUCACUGGCAACGUUGGCGAAAGGAAUAUCUUACCGAGCUCAAUCAGCAGUGGUAG